AUGGCGGCGCAAGCAGCUUUGAUUGCCGAGACGAUUGUCGGCAUGAAAAGAGCCCUACGCAGAGAGACUGAAUACUCGGCUCCCGACGACCCGAUCACUCAACCAACAAACAGAGGCAACAAACUACGAGCGAAUGCGAAAUAUGUGCGCGAGGGUGCUCUAGGCUUUGCUCACCCGGAGGAUUCGUACAAACAGAAAAUCGAGCAUGCUGGCUAUACCCGAUAUAUUCUCCAACAUAAUCCUGUGCGCUAUGAUUCAGAGGGGGAUGAGCUCGAUGAGGACGACGAAGACUCGGAGGCGGAUGCUGUGGCCGCUGAAGAGAAUCCAUUUUCGGAAAUCGCGUUGGAGAAUCUCCUAUGUCCUCUAAAGCAUCCUUCCGAACUACCUACCCACCCUUCUUUAUCGCACGCCUACACCUCAAAGGCGCUGAGAAACAUGACAAAGGCUGUUGAGGCGAAAUUGCGACAGGAGCGCGUACUAUUAUGGCAUGCUAGAAAUCUGCACCGACGGUUCCUGGGCGAUGGGUCUUGGAUGCCGUGUGGCAUGUUUGAAACACCUGAAGACCGGCUCUUGUUCGAACCUUGGGCGUCCUAUGCGAUGCGCGGCUCACAGUUGGCUGGAAGCGGGCCGAAUGGAGCAGGCACUCCGGCGGCGACAGGAAACAUCCAGGAGAAAUCGAAACAAGAGUCUGUCGUGGCGCAUGUCGCCGAGAAGGAUGUGGAAAUGACCGACAUCCAGAAUCACGAGAUGCAGAAGGGGGCAGAGACCCCCAAUACUCACAUCACCCAACCUAGCGACCAAACGAUGCGACCUAAAUCCGAGGAGUUUGAUGCAUCCGUAGAGGACCUUCCCGCGCAUUCGGAAUCAAAUGGUCACACCGCGACAGCUGCAAAACAAGACGAGGAUCAUCUCGCAACUUCAGAUCAACCAUCUAUUGGAGGAGAAAAUGGAAAGAUGAAAUCGCAUGAUGAAAAAGGCGCAGAAUCCCAACAGCAAGGCCAGAACCAAGGAGACGAAAUGGACAAAGACACACAGAUGCAGGAUGGAUCAUCGCCUGAGCCGCCGCGCCGCAUGACCACGAGAGCACAGACAAAUGCUGCCAAUCCGAACCCGGAUCAGGAUAUUGACAGCCCAUCUGACUCGGCCACCGAUAUAUUCAGUGCUCUGCCCACCCCGCACCCUCUAUUCCUGGUACCUGACUCCAUAUAUCCAGACGGGAGCUUUGGAUUACCACCCAACGAAGCCGAAGAAACCCGCAGAGUGCUUUGGUCUUUCAUCCAGAAGCAAGAAGAGACCGUCCGAGGGUUCGAGCAUAUGCUGGAGUGUCUGCUCCGGGCGUGUCGGAUGCAGGAAGACGUCUUCGAGUGGUGCAAAGCGGAAGGACAUGCGGGCGAAUUGAGUGACGGCGAGGAUUGGUACGAUGGAGAGAAAUGGGGCCUCGCGGAAGGCGAGGAACUCAAGAAAGGGGUGGACGAAGACGAAAUCGAACCGGUCGAGGAAAGCAGGACGACGGGCAAACGUGGUCGGGGACGACGUGCUUAA